UUUGCACCCAGCGGCCUGGGAGCGACCAGGAGUCUAGGGCGGGGAGACGGAUGGGGUGUCGCUGCUGCGGGGAGCGCCCGGUGAGCGGUUUCUGCUGUGCCCGGCUGCGGCGGGGUCUAAUCCAGCGCCUCCCGGGGACCCGGGGCCGGGCCAGCCGCAGAGCCGCUUCCCUCCCGGGAGCCUUUGCGGCGGAGGCCGGGGUCUGAGGCCAGCUUGCCCGGAAGAGAGGAGGGCGGGGCUGCCCGGGAGCUCAGGGCUGGGAGCUCGAAUCCUGGGACCAGGAUUUCGUUUGUAUGUACUUGGGCGACUCAGCGAACUUCUGAGCGCUUCAGUUUUCUGAUUUCCUGAAUACUUUUUCUUCUCUUUCAGCAACAAAAUAAGUACUCUAUGAAGACACAGACUCAAUAAUUUAACAGCAGUGCCUCAGAUUCUUGCAUUUCCUCAAGAACAGAGUCCCUAGGAGACAAACCAAUAUCGCUUGUGUUCCUAACAGCUUGUCUCUAGAGAGCCUGGUCAUUGGGGGUUUCCUUUUGGAGAAGAUGAAAAUGCAAGCUGCGCAAGGAAAAGGAGUAGAAAUCCUGCAGAAUGAUUGAGAGGAUGGCACAUACACACACAUGUGCAGUCACACACACACACAAACCUUCCCAGGAGAACACUGUUACUUUAAUGAUAAUCAUCUUUGAGAAAAUACCUCAUAAGUAUGAAUUUGAGAAAAGGUUUCAUCUCAACUUGAACCUAUUGGACAGAAGCCACUUCAGUGUGUUACAAGCAGCAUGAGCCAGAUUUCACUCCAAAUGAAACUUCGGAGAGUUUACAUACAGAAGAAACCUUCAAAGUGUAGUGAAUGUGGAAAAUUCUUCACUCAGAGAUCAUCUCUUACCCAGCAUCAGAGGAUUCACAGAGGAGAGAAGCCCUAUGUGUGCAGUGAAUGUGGAAGUUGUUUCCGUAAACAGUCAAAUCUUACUCAACAUCUGAGAAUUCAUACAGGGGAGAAACCUUUUAAAUGUCAUGAAUGUGAGAAAGCCUUUCAAACAAAAGCAGUCCUUGUCCAGCAUCUGAGAAUUCAUACGGGAGAGAAACCCUAUAAAUGCAAUGAAUGUGGAAAAGCCUUUUGUCAGAACCCAUCCCUCAUUAAACACCAGCGAAUUCAUACUGGAGAGAAACCUUAUAAAUGUGCGGAAUGUGGCAAAGCCUUCAGUCAGAGUAUAUGCCUCACUCGUCAUCAGAGAAGUCAUUCUGGAGAUAAACCUUAUAAGUGUAAUGAAUGUGGGAAAGCCUUUAAUCAGAGUGCUUGCCUCAUGCAGCAUCGGAGAAUUCAUUCAGGAGAGAAGCCCUACACAUGUGCGGAAUGUGGUAAAGCCUUCACUCAGAACUCUUGCCGUGUUGAACAUGAAAGAACUCACACUGGAGAGAAAUGUUAUAAGUGUAGUGAGUGUGAAAAAACUUUCCGUAAGCAAGCACACCUUAGUGAGCAUUACAGAAUUCAUACUGGAGAAAAACCUUAUGAAUGUGUUGAAUGUGGGAAAUCCUUUAGGCACAGUUCAGCACUUGUUAGACAUCAGAAACUUCAUGCUGGAAAGUAAAAUUUGGAAUAUAACAAGUAUGGAAAGGUUUUUAUGAAAAUACCCUUUUCCCGCCCUAAAUUCUUGGGAGUUUAAGACUCAAUCUGCAGCUGGGAUGAACAUUUUGUAUUUUGAACAGGCAUUGUGUUCUAAAAGUAAAUAGACCUCAAAACUAGUUAGUCUUAAGUUUAAUGCCUUCUCUGACACUUAAUAGGUGUGACCUUAUUAUUUCCGAGCCUCAGUUUCCCCAUCCUCCCCCAAAAGAAUAAUAGGGAUAUUUCUUAGAUUUGUCUUGAGAAUAAAAUGAAUUGUAUAUGACAGUUAACUUCCACUAGUCAGCUGUUUUAAACGUUUAUAAAAAUAUCUAAAUCUGGCAUUAAAAACAAGCAAACAAGCAUUUGGUUUUUUUGGUUUUCAUAGU